AUUAAUCGUUGUUGUGUUCUAAUCUCUUGGCGCCAUUUUUUGACCUUUUUUCUCGUCAGGUGUUUUUUUGCCAAAGAAACGUUGAAGAUUGGAUAUGGUACUGGCCAUUGGGGGGUGAGGGGGGAGGAAUAAAGUAAGAUUGUGUUGGUACGGAAAAAGGAACGCACUACCGGCAAUGAAUUAUAUAAUGAAGUUCGUUAAAGGGUUGGCAAAAAAAAAGAGCCAAGCGGUGGGGUUGGAGGCGGGCUUUUUUUGCUUUUUUUCCUUCCUACAUACUGUAGUUCAAGUCGGCAACAAGCUUUUGCUGCUGUUGUGUUACAAUGGAAACCUAUCAAUCUUCCUUUCUCUGAUCCGGUGCUAUGUAUCAACAGUGACCCAUCUCAAAACUGUGGAAGACUCCUUCCUUUUCCUUAGUGUACAAUGCUGUAGCAGCAGUAACAGUACCAAAUGACAUGACAAUAUUCGUUGUCAUGGUCCCAGAAACCUUGGCAAC